UGUAAUCCAAAACCACCCACUCCCCAAAAGGCUAAAGUUCCUAUUUUUUCUCCCCUCCUUUUCUGCUCCCUUUUCUCUCAAUACUGUUUUGAAACAGAAAAAAGCCACUAAAUUCCAAGCUUUAUUGUGAAUUUUUAAGGCUAAUGAUACAGCAAUACAGCUGAACAUCUAAAAAGAUUAAAAAAAGAGAAACAAAAUGCAAAGUGGGAAUGGAGUGGAGGCAGAAUCAGUGGCGGCAGCAACAGAUAUGAGAGGGAAGCACUGGAUUUCUGCUGAACUCAAGAGGCUUGAGCAAGAAACUCGAUUCUUGGAGGAGGAACUGGAGCAGCUGGAGAAAAUGGACAAUGCCUCUGCUUCUUGUAAAGAAAUGCUAAGUAACGUUCGAACCAGACCGGAUCCUUUGCUCCCGCUAACAUUAGGGCCCAUGAAUCCAAUCUGGGACAGAUGGUUUGAAGGACCACAAAAUUCUUCAGGAUGUAGGUGUCCCAUACUAUGAAAGAUGUCAUUUUAGCAGAUCUAUAAUAGUAUUCUUUAUCUUUAUGAGUGAUUGGGAACUUGAUAGUAUAACAUUUUCACCAAAAACAUCAAUAUGAUGCUUUUUUCAUUUAACAUUA